UCGUCUGCUUCGCGGCCCUUGUCGGUUAUUAUUAUUAGCUUAGUUGUUAUUGUAGGGAUUUAGAUUUAGAAACAUGUGAGUUCGUUUUAAAUAUAAUUGUAAAUUGAAAUAUCGAAACUUAUGAACCGAACACAAUUUUAAAGUUAAACUGUAAAGGGAAUUAUUUUCAUGCAAGAAGAUGUUAGUAUGAUAGAGGAUCUACAAAUUAGUUCUGUAUCAACUUGUUAUAGAGAAAGCAGAACAUACAUAGCGAUAUCUACAUGUUUUAAACUGUUUAAUUACAGUACUUUACCAGUAAAUUAAAAUAUGGAAGGAAAGAUGGCAAACGGUGAUAAAUAUAAAGUACCAGAAUUUGAGACACAAUGGACAUUUAAGGAUAAUUUAAGAACAAUAGACUUUGUUCUUUCCUGGGAUGAAAACUGCGAGAUUGCAAGUUCUUUAUCCAGCAUAGAAAAGAGAAAGACUUAUGAAGAAAAUCUGUGCGAGGAAGGUUUAGAUAUUGAAGCAGAAUUUAUUGAAGAAACUGGAUUACACUUUCUAAAAAUCCAUGCUCCACUUGAAGUUCUUCACCGUUACACUGAGAUACUGAAGUUGCGCAUGCCAAUGAAAGAGGAGUUUUAUUCAGGAUCUAAAUAUACCAAGCAAAGUUCUCUCAUCCAAAUGUCGCAUUAUAUAUCAGAGAAGUUACCCAAUGUAAGGGGCUCAUGGAAACUACUUGAAAACCUCUGUUCGUGUUGUGGAGAUUGGUUUACUCGACACAUUUUUGUGGACAGAAAAGUUUUCCCAGAACACCGUCAAAGAUUUACUGCCAUCUAUAGUCGUGACAAACAUUAUCUAUUUGACUGUCAAACACCUGGAUUUUUUACCCCUGCAAUCAAAUCCAGGAUAGUUCAGUUCAUUUUGGACAGAACAUUUUUCAUGAAGACUGAUGCUUCUGAUGUGUUCAGCUUUGGUAUUGAAAGACUAAUUGACUCGUCAGUGUACACGGCUGCUUACCCUCUGCAUGAUGGGGACUUGUCCACUCCUGGCAGUGUGCGCUACAAGUUGUAUCACCACUGGGCUCCUGUCCGCAAGUGGUACAGGUACCAGCCCAUUGACCAUAUCAGGAACUACUUUGGCGUGAAGAUAGGCUUGUACUUUGCUUGGCUUGGCUUUUACACUCACAUGCUGGUACCGGCCUCAGUAGUGGGCUUGGGCUGUUUCCUUGUGUCACUCUUCCUCCUGGGAAAUGAUGAACCUACGAAGGAUAUAUGCUCAGGAAAAUUGGAUGCCAAGAUGUGUCCUCUCUGUGACCACUUUUGUCACUAUUGGGACAUUACAGAGACAUGCUCUUAUGCCAAGAUUACAUUUCUCUUUGACAACUAUACCACUGUGUUCUUCGCUGUUUUCAUGUCUUUUUGGGCUGCAAUGUUUCUGGAAAUGUGGAAGAGAUAUUCUGCAGAAAUAACACAUCGCUGGGAUCUGACAGGUUUUGACACACAAGAAGAGCACCCUCGUCCUCAGUACCUAGCCCGGUUAGCGCAGUUAGACGCAGACAAUAAGGCUCAAUACAAGCUUAAUGUAAUAACAAACUAUGUUGAACCAAGAGUGCCAUUUUGGAAGAUCAGAUUUCCUGCUACAAUAUUUAGUUUCUCAAUUGUUUUACUAUUGGUCUCACUGGCUAUCGCUGCUGUCAUUGGAGUGACUCUGUACCGGAUGUCAGUAUUGGCAGCUCUCAGUGUAUAUGGUGAAUCUGUCAUCACCAGCUAUGCCAUCAUAAUCACAUCAACCACAGCUGCUACCAUCAAUCUCGCUUGUAUCUUUGUUUUUAACUGGAUGUAUGGUGUUCUGGCAGAGUAUUUGACAGAGCUAGAGUUAUUGCGCACACAGACUGAGUUUGACGACUCACUCACACUCAAGAUGUACUUGCUGCAGUUUGUCAACUACUAUGCCUCUAUCUUCUACAUUGCCUUCUGUAAAGGAAAACUUGUAGGUUACCCUGCACAUUACAACCGUUUGUUCGGCUAUCGUCAGGAGGAGUGUGGGCCUGGAGGCUGUCUACUGGAGCUGUCCAUACAACUGGCUAUCAUCAUGGUUGGCAAGCAAGCUUUCAACUCUUGCCUUGAGAUGGUGUUUCCGCGAGUGUACAAGUGGUGGAACUCACGUCACCUGAAGCGGCGCUGCUCACGAGCUCGGACUUCCCAAUGGGAGAAGGACUACAAGCUAAUGGAAUGGGGUUCUCAGGCACUCUUCCCUGAGUACCUGGAAAUGGUUUUACAGUAUGGGUUUGUAACAAUUUUCGUGUCAGCGUUUCCACUAGCUCCACUGUUUGCACUUCUCAACAACAUCCUGGAGAGCCGGCUGGACGCCCAGAAGUUGUUAACUUAUCAUCGCCGCCCUGUCGCUCAGCGAGUAGCUGACAUCGGUGUGUGGUUCAGUAUCUUAGACUCCAUCUCCAAGUUGGCUGUCAUUACAAAUGGUUUUAUAAUAGCUUUUACAUCGGACUUUGUGCCUCGGUUGGUUUACACGCUGAGUGUGAGUCCAGAUCAUAGCUUGACUGGUUACAUGAACCACUCACUGGCCUAUGUGAGCACAGCUGACCUAGACAUGUUUGGCAAAACCAACAGCUCACUCCAAUACUGCAGAUACAAGGAAUACAGAGAACCACCAUGGUCCCAGUACAAGUAUGAUCAGACAGCCAUGUACUGGCAUGUUUUGGCAGCAAGAUUUGCGUUUGUUGUUCUGUUUGAGAAUCUAGUAGUAGUUGUUGUACUUGCAGUGCAAUGGUUAAUUCCUGACAUAUCAGGGAAAUUGAAAGAACAAAUAAGACGAGAAGCCUACUUGACAAACGAAAUUAUCAUCAGUCAAGAGGCAUUAAGAGCAAGGAAAAGAUCAAACUUAUCUUUGGAUGGGAGUUUGGACUUUUCUCAGCCUAGUCAUUCAAGAAACGUGGGAAAUCAUGUAUCUGUAAACCCCAUGGACUUAGAACUAGAACAGCCAAAAUACUCUAGAGGUACUUUCACAAAAGAAGAAAUAAAAGAUGCUGUAAUGUUACAUAGACCUCAGAGUUUUGGAGAAAUAGAUGAGGUUUCAGUGUGAUGUUACCUUAAGCUGAUUAGCCUGCUAGAAUUUUCUUUUUCAGUACAUUUUGAUAUGUUUGGAUUUACCGUAAAAUUGUUUCAUGUUGAAAAUCAAAGAUUUUCAACAAAUGAUUUCCUUAGAUUUUUCUUGUAAUUUUUACCUGCAUAUACAAAUCCUCAUAAGAACAAAUAAGUGUUGUUGAUAAGAAUCAAUUUUUGUAUCUCUGUAAACACAUACCCAAUCACCAAUAAUGCAUUUCGUCCAGUCCACUUUAGGGCAAACUCAGAUUUAAUUUGCAAAGAAUUUGGUCUGUGGUUACAUGUGAUGUUUUCAUUACAUAGAGAGUUUGUUAUAUGCUCUGUUGUACCAAUUUAUUAUAGAUUAGAGAAUUAUAUUGGCUGUAUCAUUAUGGCCUGUCAAUUAAGGUAAUAAAUUAAAUUUAUAAAAUGUAUUUCUAAUGAAGGAUUAUUUAUCAAUAUGACAUUUAUAUAAUUGAAGGUUUUAAGUAAUUUUUUUUUUAAUUAUCAUCCCUUGAGUUUUAUAUUUUGUUAUGUGUAUUAUAAUAUAUCAUUCAUUAAUUUUUUUUAACAAUGCUGAAUUGGUUUUCAGUAACCAGAGACAACUGUGUAUGAGUAAAUCUCACAAAAUAAAGUACCUUCAAAAAGCAAAAAUAAUUAUAUUCAUAAUUUCAAAAUUAUUUUUUGAUAUUUAUAAUUAUUAUGAUGUAAUCAGGAACAGCAUUAAAUAAACAGCAGAGCUGAAUUGCACUUCCUUAUGCAUAAAUUGAAUCAUAUAAAUGAUCAGUAGUAAAAUUCUAAUAAGUAAUUUCAGAUUGUUCAUAUUAUUACAGUUAAUAAUCAUUUCGACUUAUCUAUAAAAUGCCAUCUUCACUCUAAAUAUAAAAUACAAUAUACAGUGCAAACCGGAUAAAGUAACUUUUAAUUUGACAUAACAUAUGAUUGCAGGUGUGGCAGGCAUCAGGAAAAAACAUACAUACAAUAAAUGAAAUAGAUUGGUUUUCUCAUAAGUGUGAACAACUAAACUAGCUAAGAUCAUGAAUGAGUGGCACUGAGAGCAAACUGCUCAAUUGGUGUUGGUUUAUUGAAGAUUGGUACAACGAUGAAAACACCAACUGUAAAAAUAAAAUUAUUUGAUUGAACAAGAUUCAAUAAUAUGUAAUUACAUUGUAGAAGCUUCUUUUGAUUUUAUUAAUUACCACUUUGAUUUCAGGUAUUUGGAUUUGGCAAUGUUUUCGUGUAAAAACAAAAGGCCUCACAUAAAUAAAAUUUAAUCAUUAUUGAGGUGUUUCUUUUUACAUUAAUUUAAAUGUUUAUUGCCGCUUCUGUUAUUUUUGUGUAUAUUAUGUAAGCAAUAUUAUUAAGAACAAGUAAAAAAGUAAAAAUUUUAGUGUAUUUAAAAUUGAUAUGUGGCAAAAAUUAGGGAUGGUUCAAUUCCGAUACUCAAUACCAUGAUACUUAACUGUAUCAAGGUAUUGACAAUUCUUGAUACCGCAGCCGUUUUCACUCGAUUUCGAUACCAAAAUUCUCAAGAUAUUUUAUUAAAAAACAAUGAAUUAAAUCUAUGGAAGUGCUUAAAAUACAUAUUCAGACAAUCUCCCACUUGUUAUUAUUCCGUUUUGACUCAAAUUAAGAUGUAAUCCAUUUUGGUUUGAGUACAAUUUUUUUAAUGUUAUAUUCACAAUCCUUCAAUGUACCCUUCUUGAAGACAGAAAAAGUACAACAAAACUUUUGUGGUCAAUUUACAAGGAAUUAUAGACAUUUGAAAUAGUCAUUUUGGGAAAUUUUAUAAUCAGAUCCAAUGGAAAACGACUGAUGAUAACGAUUUAACCACUAAGUAUAUGAAAUAUAACUGGAGGAAUUGAUGUGUUUUGAUAAACACGAGAUAAUUGUUCCACCAUGUAUAAAAUGUUACGGACAAGUUUUUAAUUUUACAUAUUUUGGAAUUAAAAAUAUGUUACUCCACCUGGGAGAAUGGUCUAAAAUUUGUUUUUUCAUUUAAAAAAACGUGUUAAUAUAGAAUCUGCGUUGAUUUUUAAAGACACCAUGCAGUUUUAGAUUUUCAGUCUGCUUCCUGCCGCGUCCUCAUAGAUACACAAGCAAGGGUGCACUCACCUUCUCCCACCAUUGGAAGUCACUCCUCCAGCCCGCAAUUAGUUCCAUUUAGAAUAUCCGCAAUUAGAAUAAUAAAGAGCACACUACCCUAAUUGGAAAUUGGUGUCAGGUUAGAAUAAUUAAUAAUCUAACCAUCUAAUUGAUAUAUUAUUUAUAUAUAAAUUUUGAUGCAAGAAAAAUAGAAAAACCCAUUGAAAGUUAUCAAUUGAAAAGGGUAUGCAUUUGAUACACAAUUUCGGAUCAUCUUAUAAUUAGGCUCAAAGUAAAAUGGUUGAAUAUAAAGAUGAGGUUUUUUUUACAAGAUGUAUGCAAAAUAUACAUUCAGAGGAAGAACUGACGUGUAUUUUGUAUUAAAAUUAUUAAUUUCUUAAAGAAUAACUUUAUCAACAAAUACGUAAUUUUUUACAAUUAUUAUUAAAAAAUUUCCUCAAGUCAUAAAUCAUUAAAAAAGUAUUACUUCCUGAAGUUAUAAUCACAGACUACAAAUAUUUCUAAAGAAACAUUAGUAUAGAACAGAAAUAUAUACAGUCUGUGGUAUAAUAGUUGAUUGUAUUAGUUACACAACUAAUAUAAUCUAAGAUUUAACUCUUAUAUACUGCAAAACAUUCAAAUGAUUAUCUUCAGCCCUUUUUAUUUGAGCCCUGGUUACAUAAUUGCCUAAAUUUUCUACUUUAAAUGUCUAUAAUUUCUGUAAAGUGGUUGAAAAGUGGAGAAUAAUAGUUUGCAUUAGCGAAUAUUUUUACAUGGACAGUUAUAGUCUUUGACUUCUUGGCCUCCUAUAAAACAGUGUUAAAAAUGACACAUAAUACGAUGUGUGCUAAAUUCCGUGUAUUCUACAGUUUCAGCUUCUUAUAAUAGUUUGUUCAGUGAAGACAGAAACAAAUGUGGCACCUCAAAUAUGAUGGUUAUUUUUAAAUUACCAUUUGUACAAGUAUCCACGAGGGAGUAAACCCACAAACCUAAUCUUAAAAAAUAAUUAAAAAAUACAAAAAAUAUCAAAGUAAUAUAUCAGUAAGAAUGGACUUCUCAGCUUAUUUGAAAUCCAAAUGUCACGUAUGGACGUUUAAAAUUUUCAAAAAUGUUACUGUACAAUUAUAAAAAAAUUGUUAUCCUGUCUAUUGGAAUAGUUAUAUGUAUAAUUGAAAACAGGACCUCCCGUGCUAUAAUUUGGAUUUUAUCUUUACUACAUAAAAAAGAGUGACACUUGUGUGAGUGAAUCUGCGGAACAGCAGAAAACAGGAAACGAUAAUGCUCAUGGGAUCUAGCGGUCAUAGUGUAGGAUACUGACAUAUGGACAACAAUGAGUUGUGCAAUAGUUAUUUUUAAAGUAAAUAUUAAGAUGACUGGCCGUGGACAUUGAACAACUGGCAAAUUAACAUUGAACAUGCUAGUGUCCGUUCUGAAUAACAUAUAAUUAUGGUUUUGAUUGUAAUGUUAGUUGAAGAUAUUUAGGAUUAAAUGAUUAAAACCACUAACUGUUACUUAUAGUAAAGUGGUUAUUGUUAAUUUAUGCCUAAGGCACUGAAAUUCUGUCAUUUUGUGAGAUUUAACCAUGUAUAAAACUGAAAUAAUUUUAUAUGCUAUAAUUGUUAUUGUAAUUGAUCAAUUUUGUAUUGCUUGAAUAAACUUCUGGGCAAACAAUAUUGAGUUAUAAUAUAGUUAUAUUUACACAACAGAAUGAUUAGGAUGGACAGGAGUGAUGUUUUUAAAGUUGAGUUGGGAUCAAGUAUAAAUUAUGUUCCUCUUAAAAUUUGGGAAUAAAAAAGGAUAGGAUUUUCCCCAAUGUUUUAAAUCUGCUUAGUUUGAAUAAAAAUAAAUUAACAAAUGUGUACAUUUUGUACAAAUUUGUGUAAAUGUGUACAUUUUUAUUGAAAAUUGUUCAUAUGAGUACAGUUUACCAAAAAGAUAUUUAUAGAACUUCUCUGUUUUUCCAAAUUUUAAAUUAUGAUUAAAAUUUUAAAAAUGCAUCUAAAAUCAGCCAGUUUUCAAAUUAUUAAUAACUUUUACACUAUUGGACAGUUCUAAAUUUGUUUACCAAGAUAUCAUUUACCACUUCAGUGUUAAAAUUUUUACCAUAUUGAUUUACAAUGCUAACAUUUACGUCUCAGUUGGACUUUGUUGUCAUUUGUUUGUGCCAUGCUGUGUUCAUUCAUAUCAUAUCACACCAUGAUAGUCAAUGAAAAUCGGUAAUACUCUUUUUGCUCAUUGAGUUUUGAUUAAUAAUCAGUCUCUAUAAUCAUAAAUAAAAUAUUUACGUUAGUAUUAAUUUAAAUUAACAAAAAAUUAAUGUAGUUUCUGGGAAUAUCAUAAACCAAAGAAAUUCGGGGUCUAAAAUGAGAUUAUUCUGAAUAUUUGAGAAAUAUAAACCCUCACUUAUUUACCUUUUUUGUAACCCAAGUAAUCUAUUGUUAUAUUAUAUUGUAUAGAUUCAGUAUGCAACUAUACAAUAUCAUUAACGAUUAUCUGUUCAUUUUUUAUUGUAAUUUAAAAAUUUUUAGUAUUGACAGAAUAUUAUAAUGUUAAUUAUAAGCUUUAAUGCAAAUGCUAUGUUGUAUUUAAUGAAGAUAUUUCUAAUAAAAUAAUCAUUCACAAGAUGAUUUGCACAAGUAAGUGUAGCUUAACUAUAUUACAAACUAUGCCAAAAUACAAUAAUUUAAUACAGUAGUGGUUAGAAAUAAGUAAUAAUUAAUUAGACCUAUUUAGACUAGUUUAAUUUACUUCUAUAUUAUGAAAAAUAUUAUUUGAGAGCAUUGUGAAGGAAUUUUUUCCAGACAUUAGCCAUUGUUAAGUGAUACAUUACCAUCAGUAACACUACGUAUCAAGAUCUGCAAUCUGAUUAGUCAUGCAUUAGUUUAGAAUGUAGAAGCAAAUGAAAGAAAGAAAUUUGUAUUUAGCAUUAAUCACUGCAAAAGAAAAGUAUUUGUGUGUUUGAGAAAUUAUGAUUAUAACUAUAUGCUGAAUUGGAAUGGUGGACUCCAUGCUUCACUUCUAUAUAAAAUAAUUAUACAAGUUUAAGAUUUCUUUGGAUUUACAACUCUGAUAUAAUUACCUAAUGUAUAUUAUUUGUUUCAUUGUGUUUUUGUAUUGUUGCAUUUCUUGAAGACUGCAUAAUGUGAUGUUUACAUAAAUAUUAUACCAAAAGCCAAAGCCAACUGUAAUGUACAGAAAAUGUUGCUUCUUGAAAACAAUGUAACCAUUACAACACUAUGUUAUUGUAUUACAUUUUCUAUGCAAACUUAUAAUUUGUACUACUUAUAUUAUUAAUGUGAUGCUAGAAAUUAUUUUAAUCAUUUUACUGCCGGACAAUUACUUUUGUAGUAUGUUAAAAAUGCGGGGCUAAAAUUGACUAGAAUGUAAUGUUGAGUUUAGCUCCAGUUCACCUUCCUCUUACGUGCAGCAUCUGAAAUCUGAUGCUGUUUCAGACUUGACUCCUGAAAUCUAAAAAUUGUGGAUCUAAAAAAUAGUCUGCAACAAAGACCGAAGUAGUUCAUAACUAACCCCUCCCCCCCCCCACAUAAUUUCAACAUCAGAGACUCCCAGACUA